GUCAUUCAGAUAUACCUCCUGCUGCUGACUCUAGACCUCAUCUCUCUCCUGUCAUUCAGAUCAACAUGAAGAUCUCUAUCUUUGCCGGUGUUCUGCUGCUCUCUCUGUGCCAACUGUGCAGUUGUGUUGCCCCUGCUUACCAUCUUAGGGGGAUUGAUGAUAACAAGUUUGAACGAGAGCAUAUCGUGGCUAACCUAUGCACCCAGGUGAUGAUGGACAGAGGAUUCGCUGUCCUCGACAAAACCACCUGUAAGCCGGAGAAAACCUUCAUCAAAGCUCCAGUGGACGAGGUCCGAGCCGUCUGUGGGGGGAAAGGAAGUGGAGUCAGCAAAGAGAACUUUAAACUGGUUGAGUGUAAAGUUGAUCCUGCUCAUAACAAGCCUCCCAACUGUCAGUACACGGUGGAGGAGGUGGAGAAGAAAAUCCUGGUCACCUGUGUCAAAAACCAACCUACUGAGUUUAAAAUACAAGAGUAAUCUGUUACUACAACUGAUGAAUCAGAGUAAUCUGUUACUACCUGAUGAAUCAGAGUAGUCUGUUACUACCUGAUGAGUAACUUGUGUCUCCUGUUGAAUAAAACACGUGACAGUGUAACUCUGGG